AUGUCUUAUAAUAUAAUUCAGAUUACAUUACAAGCUCGUGGGUUUCUUGCGUUUCUUUAUUAUUUAAGCGUCGAGUUGAAAGCAACACAGACAAUCAAGGAGUUUUUGGUCAGCCUUUUCCUUCUCUUCCCCCUCUCCGUGGAGGCCAUCUCCGUCCUCGACACCGAUGGCAAGAGCCUUCAUCCCAACCAUCUGUACUACGUUCUCCCCCGCGAAGGCAGCGACGGCGGAGGCCUCACUCUCUGGGCACUCGGCUCGAAAAAAGACGAGCUUGGAUGCUCUCUGCUGACAGUGGUCCAAGAGGGCUCUGAGGUCGACUUCGGUCUCCAGGUGAUCUUCUUACCGGUGCCGGACGACGCCAAGUUUGUCAAUACAUCCACGAACCUCAACAUUCAGUUCAUCAUAGAAAUUAUCUGUUUGAAGUCAACCAUUUGGCAGGUCAACAACACGUCGGAACCACAAUAUCUUAUUUUCGAGGGGCGCAAAAGGGAGCUCGGGAGUUACUUUAAACUCGAGGAGUAUAGUGGAGGAGACUACGAGUUUAUCCAUUACCUGACUAACCGUGAUGUGUGGCUCUUCCUAGAUGGACGGAAGAGAUGGCUAGGACUGGAUGACGAUCCAUUUCCCGUCGUGUUUAAGAAUGCAACCCUAAACUAG